CAGAAGACAGUACUAUGCACGAAUAGCUGAAUCAAGCGUUUAUAACAGUUUUAUGCAUUACACUGUGGAAUUCCAAUAAUCGUCCUUAAUUUAACAGUUUUACUGUUGUUCUUCACAGCACACACACACACACACACUCAAAUAAAUGGAUGAUUCCGAUGUUUCUGAUGAUUUUGAAAGAUUCUGUCAGAUAGCACAACGUUCUCCACGUGAUAGUCUGGCGCCUACAAUACAAAUUACAGAACCAUCUUAUCAUGGAAAUAACAAUAAUAAUCUACCACCAGGAGUGGUAGAGUACCCAGCUACACUGACUGUAGAAUCACUGAAACGUGCAUCGAGUUUUCGAGAGCCCAGGCGCAGAACAUCAUUUCAACCGAGUAGUUUCAGUGGAGAAAUCAGUGCAACCAGAUCACCUAUGAGAUUUAGUCAGCAAUGGGAUAAUCCUAACGAGUUAACACAUUCAAGUUAUAGCUCGGGCUCAAGGCAAUCAUACAGACAACAGCGUCCGCGGUAUUUGAAUGAGGCAAAUGACACAGUUGCUUUGCGCACCACAGAUACGCCAAGAUACCGACCGAGUACAGACAUAAGUCAUGAAUCCCCAGGUCCAUACUCAUGCUCUCCAGUAAUGUAUCGACCUGGGACAACACGUGACAGACCUGGUUCUAUGAAGGAAACAAGCUUUAAGCGUAAUCCUAGUCAAGAUAAACACGGUUCAAGGCCAUCAGCACCAACACUUCAUCCAGCCAAUUAUCCAGUUUGCCAAUAUUCACCUAGCCGACAUUCUAUAGCUCAACCAGAUGAAAAUAUGCUACGUGUUAGACGUUUUGCACGUAAUAAACAUGGGGAAGUUAUCAGUAAAGGUGACAGAGAUGUUCCACAGAUCGAAAUAUUCCCCUCAAGAAGUCCGUCAGGUGAUUCACGAGCAUCAGUAGCAUAUCCACGAUCAAUUCCUGAAAGUAUUCGACAUCAGUCCGAUUCAUCGUUGAGUGAUGAGGUUAUUGAAAUUCCAGCAAUUACCACCACAGCCAAUUCACCUAGAGCUUCAAACGAUGGUUUACACAGAUACUAUGGAAAGCGUACAAGCAGUCCAGUUAGAGGAUUUAAACCAGAGACACGUUUACGUUCUAAAUCAUGGGCUAUUGUCUCAGACAGUCCAGAAACUUCACCUAAACAACUAGAAUCACCAACUGGUGGAGAAGUAUGCCUAGAUGAUCGUCUACUUCAAGUUCAAGUGAUUGGAACUGGUCGAGUCGGUAAGACAAGUAUGUGCAUGCAGUUUCAUACUUCAGAAUCGAUUGAAGAUCCAAGUGAUUCAGUUCAUGAUGAAGAACAAUUAAAUCCGGUCAGAGUGGAAAUCAAUAAUUUAAAAGCCAGUCUAAUUUUCAUGGAAACCGAUAUAAAUGCUGAUGAUGUGGAAGAAGAACUCAACUCGUUGAUCGUAGAUACAGCAGAUGCAUAUCUUGUAAUUUAUGCUGUCGAUGAUCGUAGUUCAUUUCAUGCAGCACGAAAGAUUAUUGGUAUACUAUUGAGUCAGUGUAAACGAUCAAGUGCUAUUAUACUGGCGGCGAAUAAGUCUGAUCUAGUCAGAACACGUGUAGUAUCUAGUGAUGAUGGAAAGAAUUUAGCUCAAAUCUAUUCAUGUAGUUUCUAUGAGAUAUCAACUUCAUUGAAUCAUCGUGUAAAUGAUCUACUCGUUGGUAUCUUGAUAGCUAUAAAAGAACAACAACAAAAUGUUCAACGUGAACGAGAACGACUUGAUCGUAUGGGAUUACAGAGAAAAAGUUCCCAUAAUUCACCAAAGCAUAAAUCUUCAAUUACAGGAUUGAAAUUACCAACAAAUAGUGUCGUGAAAUUUUUUCGAAAACAUUUUACAACAAGAAAGAAUGAACAAAGUUUGGUGUAGAUCAUUUUGAAAUAUAUUUAUAUACACAAUUUACAUAAACAUUAACAAAUAUACGCUUACGUAUCUAUAUUUGAUAGUGUAUGAAUGCGUAUAUAUAUAUAUAGAUAUGUAUUUUUCUUGGUUGAAUUACAGAAUUUCCUUGCUUGAAAGUUCUACUUUUCGUAACUGUUUCCUCCAUCCCCCUUCCAACCUUUACACACUGCAAUUGAAUAUAUCAAUACUAUUCGUUAAAAUAACCGUUUAAUAUCUCUUAUACAUUACCGAUAAUACAAUCAAAUAAUCAUUCUCGUAUUCAAAUCAUAUUCAUGGUUCAAGGUCACCCGGAAAAUCAAUAACUGAUACAUAUAUGACUCUAAAUAAUUGUAGUAGAGUUGACUUAUUUUAUACAUAGUGGAUAACAUGACACCUGUUUUCUAAGCUGCCAUUGUCUUAUUUCCGUCAUUCAUUAAUUUAUCAUUACCAUACUCCACUGUUGUUCUCUAUGUGAUCUAAUUCUACUUCCAAUGACAAAAUAGAGAGUGAAAUAUUAGUUUUUGUGACAUAAAAGUAUCUAUUCGAGAAAAGUCAUCCAAAUAAAUUGUGUAUGAUCAUUGUAAAAAAAAAAAAGGAGCUAAUGGUCUCCAGUGUCGUAUAUGUGUUCCUAAUG